AUGUUGGAUCCAUUCACUCUAGCGUGCAUUCUAGCUGUUGUUGCCGCUGUUAUUGCUAUCAUUUUUUAUUUGUUCAGUGGAACCGACGACGAACGAGAUUUCGAAAAGGCAUUUGGGGAGAAUGCCCGUAAACUUCUCAACCAAGAUCGCGAAAAACACAAGUCCAAAGUCAAACUUCCCAGAAAGAAGGAAGGGCGAGAAAAGAGGACCGAGGCGAGGCAAGAGACCGAUUUGGAAGUGGAUCUCGUGGCAUCUGGUGGCGAUUCGGUAAUAGAAUCCGUGGAAAAUAUUCCUACAUCGGCGUCUGCUUCAUUAAGUAAUGCCGCCGCUGGCUCGCCCGAGCCCAGAGUGAAAAAGCACUCCAAAAAGGAGAAGAAUUCCGUCGUUACCGCAUCUGAAAUUGAAGAACUGAAUGCUGAGCCCGUUGUACCUACAGUAGAUGAAGCUAUUACACCUAGUGAGCCGGCUUCUGAAGAAAACAAGGAGAAUCGCCAUGAACAAACUUCAAGUUCAGAAGGCAAAAGAAAAAAGAAAGUGAAGGCGAAGAAAGAAGAAGAUGUGGCAGUCAGUCAGACGUUCGCUCCUGAAUAUGCCCAAGGAGAACUCAUGAGCGAGUCACACUCUUCCACCACAUCCAAGUCCGAAAAAGAAAAGAAGCCUAAGAAGAAAAUUGCCAUAGUCAAUAUCAACGAUCUGGAUUCAAACAAGGUACUCACGCGUAUUGCCUCGCUAGAAGAAAUCGAACCUGAAUAUAUCAGCUACCUUGCAUCUUACUUCCACGAUACUAAUGCCAAGAUAAACAGCUUGGAAAACACGAUAAUUGAUUACGAAAGAAAGGACCACGAACACAAGAAGAAAAUUGACCAAUAUCAACAGUCGCGAGUCAUUUCUGAUAGGCAAAUAGCUGAUCACGUUCGUGUAAUUUCUGAGUUGACUUCGAAACUGCAAGCACUCUCCGUUUCUGAAGCAGCUGCGAAACAACAGAUAAUUCAGUUGAAUAAUGUAUGCGUUGAGAACGAUACAUUGAAAUCUGCCUUAUCAAAAUCUGCAGCCGACGCAGCAGCAGCGGCGAAAGCGAUUUCUAAUCUGGAAACUGUGAAAGUUAACAAUGCCGAGCUGACUGAUCGUCUCACGAAAAUGAAUAAAUCUCUCAAUGAAACUGUGGAGCAAAACGCAGCUCUGAAGCGAGAAAUAGCCGAAUUUGCCAAGGUAAGCUGUAGGAGUGGAGCA